UCUGUGUAGUGGCUUUACCUACAGCGUACUAAUUUCAGUCAACAUGCAUUCUGGCAGUGGUCUCCAAAAACUUCUGCCAGCUGUGCUGAUAUGGGUAAUGGAUUUUAAGUCUUGCUUGUCUCAGCAUGAAGAAAAUCCAACCACUGCGAACUACUCGGAAUAUAACUAUUCCAAUGUGGAUUACGAUGACUUUCCCGCGCUGUGUGUGAAAGAAUCCAACCGCCAUUUCCGCCUCUGGUUUAUGUCUACCUUCUACUCCUCCAUCUGCUUCCUGGGGCUGGCAGGGAACCUACUUGUCAUCCUCACCUUCUUCUACUUCAAGCGUCUCAAGACCAUGACAGAUGUGUACCUGCUCAACCUCUCCUUUGCAGACCUAGUCUUUGCUUUAUCGCUUCCCUUUUGGGCAGCCAACUCUAUGGCGGAAUGGGUGCUGGGCCUGGUGGUGUGCAAAGCUAUGCACACUAUUUACAAGGUCAGCUUCUACAGCAGCAUGCUCCUUCUCUGUUUCAUCAGUGUGGACCGUUACUUCGUCAUCUCCAAAGCAGUCUCCGCUCACCGCCACCGCUCCCAAGCAGUGUUUCUCAGCAAGGUGUCAUCAGCUGUCAUUUGGGUUACAGCAAUGAUCUUCUCCAUACCAGAAAUGACAUACACCACUAUCAAUAACAACACCUGCACCCCUUACUCCAGCACCUCCGACAAGCUCCGUGUCGGCAUCCAAGCAAGCCAGAUUGUUUUGGCUUUUGCCCUUCCACUCUUUGUCAUGACCUUCUGUUACAGCAGCAUUGUCCAGACCCUUUGCCAGGCUCGUAACUUUGAACGGAACAAGGCCAUAAAGGUAAUUCUCGCUGUGGUAGCUGUCUUCCUGGUAUGCCAGGUCCCUUAUAACCUGGUCCUAUUUUGGACCACAGUUGUCACAGCAAAAGGGGGAACCGAGGACUGCGGCUAUGAGAACCGUCUCCUCUAUGCCACUGAUGUCACCCAGUGUGUGGCCUUCCUCAGGUGCUGCCUAAACCCCUUCGUCUAUGCCUUUAUUGGUGUGAAGUUUCGUCAUGACCUCCUGAAGCUGCUAAAGGACUUUGGAUGCAUAAGCCAGGAGAGGUUCUUCAGGUACACCUGCGCCAGGAGGAGGAGCUCAGCGGCCAAUGACACUGAGACAACCACCACAUUCUCUCCCUAAAGCUGUUUCAGAAUGGCUAUUCACACCUGCAGACCACACAGUGGAGUGCAUAACAUUAGGAUCAAAGUCUCAAAUCAACAAUAUUUUUCAUGUACAUAGCAGAUGGUAUCAUAUAAAAGACAAGUACAUAUGGUCUUUGCUGUUGUUUUGUUGGUGUCUCUGUGUUCAUUCUUGUCAGUUAAGAUCAAAGAAGGCCUUGCUUAUUCUUUUGUAUUGGCUACAGUGUGUAGUAUUUCCACAAAUCCACAGUGUCAAUGAAAAAAAGAAAAACCUACAGUGCUUUUACUCCACCAUUUGAACAGCACCAAAUCAUGUACA